AUGUACAAGAGUCCAGAGCCUUCCCCGGCUCCAUACAACCCAUUCUCCUUUGCAAAAAAUCAAAAUCCUUUCAUGGCUACUCCAACCCCUACUUAUUUCCCGUUCAUGACCCCUGAACCUACUCCAGUCUACAACCCUUCACCACUCUUUUAUCGACCACCAUAUUUAUUUCUUGAGCCAACUCACUCAUCCUCUGAUGAAUCCCUUCCCAGAGACCCCUCAAAAGGUAAAGCUCCUAUGAAACCAGAACCUCCACCUCAACAAAUGGUAAGCUGUUCUGUUAUUCAAUCAGUCGCUCCACAAGCUCCUUCUUUUGAUGAAUCAGAAUUCGAAGAAUCUUUGUCUACUAUUGAUUCAGAAAGUGAGUCCCAAGUUACAGAUAUCACUGCUUUAUUAAUGGCUGAUCCUCUAAGACUAGAAAGUUCCCAUAUUGGACAAACGGAAACAAUAGAGCUACCACCUCCACAACCUACACCUUUUGAUCCUCAUGUUCUGCAUCCUGAAGAAGAUGAACCAGAUGAACUAUCUUUUGCACCUCCUAAUACACAAUAG